UUAAAUUUGAAGCACGGCUGUGAUGGCAGCGCGGAUUUCUGGCAAAUUUACAAAAUUAUAAUGGUUAUUUUCGGUUUCGAAUGAGCGAAUAUUGUACGCGUUCGCGGCGUAAAUAUUCGUUAUUUUCGCCGAAAUGUGAGAGUGAUGCCCGCCGAAAACGAUGUCGAAGGGUGCAAAUCGACGGCGACGACGUCCGCCGCGACGCCGAGGCCCGACGCCGAAAAGGGCGAGAACAUAAAGAGCCUGGAGGGCGAGGGCGACGUCGACGAGCCGCUGGAGAAGGCCAAAGAGAAGCCGCCGCCCGGUAUAAAUGCUUCCCUUGUAUUACUUUACGCAGUUUUCUUCACAAUGUUCACAACCGGUUGGGUUAACUUAAACAGCUGCCCUUUGAACAGGCUUAUUCCGAUUUAUCUAAUCGUGGCUGGUUUUGUAGGUGCCCUUGCAAAAUUUCUAAGCAAAUUAGAAAACAGAAUCGCCUUCAACAUUUCCAUGGCUUUGGUGAUUUUCCAUAUAGCUUGGCACAUAUUAGGGACGUACGUUGUGUAUAAAGAAUACCAACCCAAUUACGAGUCUACCCAAGGGGUCUAUUGCAAUAGGACUGCUUAUUUGCUCUCCUUCUGGAUAUUAACUGUCCAGUAUACAAUACUGGGAUUGUUUAUAAUGUGUUCUCUGUGCUACUUACUGAUGAGAGGAGAUUUCAAAAAUAAUCGAAUAAAAGAUUUGGACAAUUUAGAUUGAUACGAUAUUUA